AGGGACCUACUGUUUCUGGCAGGGAGGCGGCAGAACCACACUGAGAAGGAACCACUCAGCUGGGCAGAGAGACUUUCCCAUCCAUUGGCACAAGAUGGACAGAGGAAGGCGCCAUUUUGAUUCUGAAGGAUAUGAAAAUAUCCCUUUUGAGGAGAACCCAACUGAGCUUGUAAUGAGGAUGAAGAACUUUCAUAAAGAACUUAAAGAAGGAAAGAGGAGUCAGAGGAGACAGAGGAAACUCCUGAUGGUUCUGGUGACACUGGUGGUUCUUGUCUUCAUUUUCCUGAUAAUCCUGACCGGCCUUGUAUCACUAUACUAUGUUACAGUGAGCCGGCAGCUACAGCAGGCAGAUUCCCGUAUAUCAGAGGCUACAGACAGUAUUAAGCAGGACAUCUUACAGACAAUCCAAAAAGAGAGACGUCAGUGUGAUUCUGGCUGGAAAAAAUUUGAUGGAAGCUGUUAUUAUAUUGUUACAACUGAGACAAACUGGACAGAUGCCCAGGCCAUUUGUAAAUCAAUGAACAGCGACCUGGUUAUUAUCACCAGUGAGAAGGAACAGAACUUCCUUGAAAGUCUUACUAACCAGUCAGACUUUUGGAUUGGUCUCCAAAGGGAUAAGGUGGAUAAGGAUGAGUGGCGAUGGGUGGAUGGAACACUCCAAAAUCCAUUAGAGGGAUUCUGGAGGUCGGGGGAGCCAUUUAAUGCAGGCGGAAAAGAAGACUGUGUUCAUAUGUGGCUGGGCGAAAAGUGGAAUGAUAGAGAUUGCAGCUUUUCUGAAAAAGCCUUCUGUGAGAAAUAAUUGACAUGUUGUGUAUAGAAUAAAAUCAAGGAAAGUUUAUGGAAGAUACAUUAUCAACUCAGUACUCAGUAUACACUACUUUGGAUACAACACUGACUGAGAGUAAUGAUGCCUAAUAGGACAAACGUUCCCCUUGUAACUAAGGAUAAAACAUUACGUUUUGCUUAAAAUCCACAUUCUAUCCAACACAGCUUAGACACGCCACUGUUAAAGGAGAACUCCUUCCAAACCAAAAUUUGAGCCCCACACAACACAGAAACCCCUGAUAUGCCAAUCUUUGU